ACACAUACAUAAUAUUAUAUACAUACACGGUCACUACUGCUCACUUAUACGAAACCUUAUCAUCAUCAUUUCCUAUCUUUACAAAGCUCAUCACAUGGAAAAAAUGGUAAGUGAAAUUGAGGGAAAUGCAGUUGCCGAAGAAUUUGUCAAUGAGAAAAUAAAAUCAGCAAGUUCUAAGCUAAGUGCUGAGUUGAUGAGAGAAAAGACCAAUCCGCCGAGACCAGGGGAGAGGAAAUUAUCAGGUCGCGACAAAUUCCCACAACCGAAGAUACAGAAGGUUCCUCAGGUGCUUAGAGAUGAACAGAAGAGCUUGGAGAUGCUCUACGACCCAAAGUGGAUAUCAAUAGGCCCUAUUCACCAUGGCAACCCCAAAUUCCGGCUUGCAGAGAAACAUUUCAAGUUUCUCUUCGCAGCGAAGUUCGUCGAAAACAGCGGCCACCAAUCCUACGACCACCUUUACAGAAAAGUAAUGGAAAGAAUUGAACUGCUGAAGAAUUGAACUGUUGAUGGACAAUUCGAAAAAGGAAUUCUCUAAGGAGUUGCAGGGCUCGAUCAUGCUGCAGUUUGUUAGUUUGAAUGUUUUGACACCUGAGAAGUAUCGCAAGCCUAUGAUGGUCUCUCCAAAGGAGAUGCCAGUUCAUCUUCUUGAUUUUCUACGCUUGGCACUCCUUCAACAAUCUUAUCAUUACGGCAAUAAAAGGUCAAAUUCAUGCAUCUACACAUACCUAUUAGCUUGUCUGCCUCGACAACUCAGAAACAAACUCCUUUCACCACCAUCUCUGGAUAAACCUAAACAUAGCACGGGUAAGAGUUCUGAUGAAAAGAACUCCGCCGAGGAAAAGAAAAAAGAACAAACUUUUCGUAGUGUGAUGGAUCUCAAGGUAGCCGGAAUCAACUUAAAACAGAGCAAGAGUAGCUCUUUAAAAGACAUAAAAUUUUCUUCGAGUCUCUUCUCAGCUGAACUAGAACUUCCACCAAUAACAGUAGACGACUCAAUGGCUCCUAAAUUCUUGAACCUGAUUGCCUUUGAAAUGUGUCCAGACAAUACCUAGACCGAGUACGAAGUGUCAUCUUACAUAAGUUUCUUAGACUCACUCAUUGAUUAUCCCAACGAUGUGAAAGAGUUGAGAUCAUCUCACGUACUCCACAACCUUCU